AUAUAUGAAAGUGUGUGUGUGUUUGAUUAUCCUUCUUUCACGUCGAAAUUAAGCAUUGAUUUAAGAUGUUUUUGGUAUGGAGAUAGUUAGAGAACUGAAGAGUGACAUUUUGUCGGGCAGCGAAAAUUCACAAGUGUAAAUCUAAGCUUAUAUCACGCGCGGAAAACCACACCAAUUGAAUUCGCGUUCAACAUUAAAAAGACAACUUUACCAUCACCAGAAUUAACGAAUAAUUAAUAAAACACACAUAUAAUUUAUACUACGCGAUUGCAAUGUACAGUGAACACAUUAAACCUGUCGAAAUUGCAGAUUCGUAAUUACACAGCGGGUAUUAAGCGUGGAAAUAGAUGAUAAAAAUGAAAAGACAUUUUUUUUUAACCCUAACUUUGCCUCAAGAGUUAAUAGGCGAGAAAUACACGAGCAUAUAACCAUAAAAUCACAUUUCAAUGACAAAUUAAUUGCAGUUAAUUUGACGUAAUCAUUGCAUAAUUUUUUAUCGUAAUUUGGCAGUUCGAAAACAAUGUUAUUAAGCCUAAUAUAUGUUUUGUUUCAUAUGAAUAUUGUCGUGUGCUAACUACAUAUAGCCGCCACAAAGGGAAGAUCUUCAUGCACGGCUCAGACGAUGUCACGUCGGAGAAUCCCGUGUCCACUGUUUAGAUAGAAUGGCUACAAAAUGGACCCCAUUGGGUUUCUCCUGUCCUGUCAACUGUGCUAAUGUCAUAAGCGCCAUUAACAGAUUAAAAAUGAUAGACUACGACACGAUAAUAAUGCCGGACGCGAGUUAUGAAAACGCGGUGGACUCCAUUGAGCAGUACAUCGACCGUCUGACCAGGGCGAAAGUGUUAACAUCUGUGUCAAAAGUGAACCCUACCAAAGGGAGAUUACUGAUAAAUGACGCCGUGGAGAAGAUAGAGACAGCGCGGAAAAUGCGACGUCGCAGUUUCAAAGGGAACUGCCUAAAGUACUACAAGACGGCAGACAAGGUAGGACUAAAGAAGUGCCUCUCACUCAGCAACGGACAUGACGUAGACGAAAUCAUAGGCAUCAUAUCCGCUGCGCUUACGAAAUACUCCAGUACUAAUGUCAGCGUCCAAAUCACUAAGAAACUACUAGUCAAGAUGAUAGGCGAAGAAGAUCUGGUCGCGGGCAAGUUCAACGUAAAAGCUGUGGUGAAGUUCCUUACGCACGCGUUCCACGCGUAUGAGGACAUCAAGAAGAACAAGCUGGUGAUACAGCUGCGUUCACAGCACUGCCUCACCACGCACGUGCCCGGCUGCUUCUGCAGCAAAGGGUACGUGGAGCGUUUCGGACGCUGCAUCAAACCGUCAGACUGCUACAGCGGGUCCAUGUACGACAAAUACAUGGCGAGGAUAAUCAUUGUGUAACAUUAAUGUCAUACCGUACCACAAGUGUCCCGUGGCAAUAUGAGGAACUAUCAAUAAUAGAUACGUCACUUUGUUGUUUUCAGCGACAAUAGCGCCACGUCUGCUAGACUUUUUAUUAUACGGAUAAGAAAACUUAAGACAAGGAACUAGCAUAGCUAAAUUAGAUAAAACGUUUACAUAUAACUUCUCGACCUAUUUAAUACACAAGUUUAUCUGUUAGACGACUUAAAACUAACCCCGACUUUCAAUAUUCAUUUCGCCACAACUUUUGAAUGGCCGAAUUGAUUUUGAUCAAACAUAUCUAAGAACCAUCGCAUAAAAAAUAUCAAUCAAUCAAAUAAAAAAUCAAAUAAAAAAAAAAACUAGUAGUGAGAUCAAAGAACCACCGCAUAAAAAACGAGUAGUGAAUCGUGCUUUCUUUCGAGUGAUACGUAGUGCUUUAUACGACAUCUGCCUACGACGAAAAUAAUUGAUUCUUAAUCGUUGUACAAAACACAUUGGCGUUCGUUACUUCCCUUUUAUUCCUCUUCCUAGUAUGAGUGAAACAAAAGUAUAUGUCGUAGCUUUCUCGGUCUUGUGUCACUCGAUUUUGUUUGUAGAUAUUUUUAAAAAAUGUGUGUUCCUUUAAUUAAUCUCAGUAAACAAUUGUCCAAUUAUUAUUAUUAAAACAUUAUACAUAACUUAGAAAAUAAAAGUAUUUAAUUAAAAUAAUAAA